AGAAGAAACACAGAAGCAAUUAAGGUUUAACAAUGGUAGGUAGUGGAUUUGUGAAGAAGGGCAGAGAAGGUUAUGACUAUAAGGGCAGGGUGACUUUAUUUGUGAUACUCUCUUGCAUGGUUGCUGCCAUGGGAGGCCUUAUUUUUGGUUAUGACAUUGGAAUUUCAGGUGGAGUGACAUCGAUGGAGCCAUUUCUGAAGAAAUUUUUCCCAGAAGUGAACAGAAAGAUGAAAGAAGACAAACAAAUAAGCAAUUACUGCAAAUUCGACAGCCAACUCUUGACUUCCUUCACUUCUUCCCUUUACAUUGCCGGCCUUCUUUUCACCUUCUUCGCCUCCUCCGUCACCAGGACCUUCGGAAGAAAGCCCUCCAUUCACAUCGGCGGCGCCGCUUUUCUCGCCGGUGCUGCCUUGGGCGGUGCGGCCGCCAAUGUCUAUAUGCUUCUUCUCGGCCGUAUUUUGCUCGGAAUCGGCGUUGGCUUUACCAAUCAGGCAAUUCCUCUGUAUCUUUCUGAAAUGGCACCGCCAAAAUACAGAGGAGCAAUCAACAAUGGCUUCCAACUUUGCGUUGGAAUUGGCGUUCUUUCAGCUAAUCUCAUCAAUUACGGAACCGCAAAGCUCAACAAUACCUCAGGCUGGCGAAUUUCCUUAGCUUUAGCUGGGCUUCCCGCCUCUCUUUUGACCUUUGGUUCAAUUUUCUUACCGGAGACACCCAAUAGCUUGAUUCAACGCUGCGAUGAUGAACAUCUAACCGCCAAGAAAAUGCUGCAGCAGAUCCGUGGAACAGAUGAUGUUGAUGCGGAAUUCGAAGAUCUUGUGAAAGCAAAUGCAAUAUCAAAGACAAUGAAGAAACCGUUCGUGAAAAUUACUCAACCAAAGUAUAGGCCUCAACUUGUGAUGGCGAUAGCGAUACAAUUCUUUCAACAAGUAACUGGUAUCAAUGUCAUUUCAUUCUAUGCACCGAUUCUCUUUAGAACUGUUGGUUUAGAUGAAAGUGCUUCAUUGUUGUCUGCUGUGGUAACUGGGGUUGUGGGUACAGUAGCGACCUUCAUUUCAAUGCUUAUAGUUGAUAAAUUCGGCCGAAGGGUUUUGUUUACUAUUGGGGGUAUUCAAAUGUUUAUCUCACAGAUCGUAGUUGGAAGUGUAAUGGCUGCUAAACUAGGGGAUCAUGGUGGGCUGAGUAAAGGGUAUGCUUAUUUGGUUCUUGUUUUGAUAUGUAUAUAUGUUGCUGGUUUUGCUUGGUCUUGGGGUCCUCUAGGUUGGUUGGUUCCGAGUGAGAUUUUUCAGUUGGAGAUUAGAUCUGCUGGACAGAGUAUUACUGUGGCUGCCAAUUUUCUGUUUACUUUUGCCAUAGCUCAGAGUUUUCUAUCUAUGCUUUGUCACUUGAAAAGCGGGACUUUCUUUUUCUUUGGUGGGUGGGUAUUGAUUAUGACUGUCUUUGUGUUGCUGUUCUUACCGGAGACUAAGAAUAUUCCUAUUGAGCAGAUGGAUAGAAUUUGGAUGGAGCAUUGGUUUUGGAAGAGAAUUGUAGUGGAACCGAGUCGAGAGAUGACCUUCCAUGCCGAGGCACAUUGAUGUUCUAAGUUGAAAAAAGAAAAAGAAAAUACAGAAUUAGAUAGUUCGGCUCGGUAUAGAUGAACUAAUGUUUACAUACACAUAAUCAAAAUUGGUCCCAAUGGAAUUUCAUUGAUAUCUUUUUUAUCAUAAGUUUUAUUAAAAGUGAUGGUUUUGUCACAUUUACUGUUACCACCAACAUUUGAUUCUAAAGCUAAUGGGAAUAGUGGUGGUAGCGAAAUAAUAAAUUGAUAGAUUUAUAA